GCCGCCCUAUUUCGAAUUUCGCGCGGCGCCAAAAACCGAGGAAGCUAUUAAAUAAUUAGCCGAUCAUGCGCGGCGUGCUCGGAGCGUUUUGAAUCACCGGUGAAUUACAAGUAAUCCCGACUAGGAGUAACACCCGAUCACUCACGACGCGAGGUGGACCGGAAUUUCUGCCGCACACGCCGAUUCAUAGGAGACAGGUCGAUUUGCUCGAGUGAAUAGUUAAGUGUUUUUCUCCCUCGCUCCUGUAUUGCAUGAAAUUACGCUCGGUUCUCUCUGAACAAGUUCGAUUGUGGUGUUUUAUGUGAUUUUACGACUGUGAUAGUGUUGAUUCGAUGAUUUUUGACUCGAAGACCGCACAUGGAGACUGGGACAAAAAGUUAUAAAGUAAACCCGCGGGAUAAAGCGGGAGUGUUCUCGAUUGUAUUUUUCACAUGGCUAUGGGACAUUUUCAAACAAUCCUACUCGAAUGUUUUGGGACUAAACGACAUAUCCGAUCCGCGGAGGCAGGAUCACGCCGAGUAUUUGGGAGACCAGCUUGAAGCGUCGUGGAAUGAAGAACUCAAAAAAUAUGAAAAUCCUAGCCUACUACGAGCCAUCGUGCGGGCAUUCAAAAGAGAUUUCAGUGUGAUAACUGCACUGCACCUGACAAAUGAGCUAUUUUUGAGUUUUUGUAAACCUUUCUUCUUGGGUAUGCUGCUGUCUUACUUCAAGGAGAAUCCAAUCAUUUCAAGAGAGCAUGCCAUGAUCUACGCGGGGUUGUUGAUUUUCACAACUUGCUGCACCACACUCAUUAUGAAUCACUACCAGUUUACGAGUCAGCAUCUUGGGCAAAGAGCCUGUGCUGCAGUUAUCUCACUCAUCUACAGAAAGUGUUUACGGAUAGACCGGAGUGCACUGGGAAUGUCUGCGCCGGGCCAAAUUAUCAAUCUCAUGUCCAAUGACGUGAGCAGAUUCGAAAUUGUCUCAGUCGUUCUGUCGUUCAUGUGGUCGGCGCCUAUAGCCAGCGUAGUUGUGGCGUACUUUUUGUUUUCACUCGUUGGAUAUUCGGCCUUCGUCGGCAUGGCUAUAAUCUUCAUCGUGUUACCUAUACAAUCUUAUUCGGGAAAAUUAACUUCAAAAUACCGGUACCAGGUGGCGUUGCGAUGCGAUGAGCGAGUACGGCUCAUGGAUGAGGUUAUUGCUGGUGUACAUGUGAUAAAGAUGUACGCGUGGGAAAAACCGUUUUCAGCCCUAAUGGAGUAUGCGAGAAGGAUGGAAGUUAAGAUUUUGCGAAAAACUUCCUAUCUACGAGGAUUGUAUAUGACUUUUAAUAUUUUCACUACACGAGCUGCAAUGUUCGCAACCCUGGUUUCGUUUGUUCUUAUGGGAGGCACUCCAUCUGCAGAUGUGAUUUUUGUGGUGGCUUCCUAUUAUUCUAUAAUUGCUCAAACAAUGACCGGUAUGUUUGUUCGAGGCUACGCCGAAAUAUCAGAGUUUCUGGUAUCAAUAAGAAGACUUCAGAAAUUUCUUUUACUUGAAGAGUAUCAAUGGCGUGGAAGGAUUGGCGACGUAGACGCCUCGAAAGCGGGUCGAGUCGAGAUGGAAAAUGUCUCAGCCUGGUGGAGCAAGCAAUGUAACGAGGCAGCUUUGAGUUCUAUUGACCUAUCGAUUCCGAACGGCCAGUUGGUCGCUGUCAUCGGUCCAGUGGGCGCUGGAAAAAGUGCGUUACUUCAGACGAUCCUACAUGAGUUGCCUCUCUUGUCGGGAAAGAUGAACAUCUAUGGAAGAGUUUCCUAUUGCAGCCAAGAACCAUGGGUGUUCGCAUCAACUGUUCGUCAGAACAUCUUGUUCGGCGAGCCGUUCAGCCGAAAAAAAUACGCUCAAGUCAUCAGAGUCUGCAUGUUGCAACGGGACUUCGAUUCUUUUCCGAACGCUGACUUUACACUGGUCGGAGAGCGCGGUGCCUCAUUGUCCGGCGGUCAAAAAGCUCGUAUCAACCUUGCCAGAGCUGUGUACAAAGACGCAGAUAUUUAUCUCCUUGACGACCCUCUGUCUGCUGUUGAUGCUCAUGUUGGAAAACAUUUGUUCCAAGAUUGCAUAAAUGGUUACUUGAACGGUAAAACUCGGAUACUUGUCACUCAUCAAACGCAGUUUCUGCAUCAAGUAAACUCAAUCAUCAAACUGGAAAAUGGUAAGAAAGAAGCAGAGGGGACAUACCAGGAAGUCUGCAAAACCGCCGGAGAUCGAGAAAAUAACGUAUUUGAGAUGGAACACGACUUGGAGAAAGAAGAAUUUGAGGACAAACCACGUAGACGCUUGCUCUCACAAUCUUCCGUUCAUAGUGUGCGAAGCACACGGACCAGCAACCAAUCCACGAUGCACGGACAAACUGGUGAUGAAGUUUCACUCACUGGCGUAGAUAUCUACGAAUUCGACAAUGAACCAACGACCUCGAGCAUUGAGGAGGAGCUCUUUGCACUCGAAGCCUACAAAGGCUCAGUCACCUUCGGUUAUCUCAACAGCGGCUCCAACAUUUGCAUGGCCAUGCUUUUCAUCUCGCUCUUCUUCGCUGCCCAGGCAUUUGCCAGCCUUUGCGACUACUUCGUGCCUUUUUGGGUAGGUAUUGAACAGGACAGGAUUCAUUCCUCAAAGCACUCGAAGGAUUUUGACAUUCAAAGUCUCUCGGAAGAAUCUUUCUUUGAAUUUGUCCACGGUGAUUUUACUCAAUAUGUUUACGUCGCCGUGUAUUCUGCCUUGGUUGUCCUUCUCUUUGUGAUUGGAUUAGGUCGCUCACUGGUAUUUUUCAACACUUGCAUGAAAUGUUCAAUAGGACUCCAUCGGAAUAUGUUCAGAUCAGUUGUUUCCACUUCUUUGAGCUUCUUCAAUGCUAAUCCUUCAGGUCGAAUUCUAAACAGAUUCUCCAAAGACAUCGGUGCCAUCGAUGAGCUCCUUCCAAAAUGCCUAAUGGACAGUGGACAGGUGUUUACGAUGGUGAUCGGUUCAAUGAUCGUGACAUUAACGGUCAACCCUCUUUUUGCCAUUCCGACAGUAGUGCUUGUCAUUCUUUUCUACCAGAUUCGAAAAUUCUACCUCCACACAUCGAAGAACCUGAAGAGAAUUGAAAGUUUAGCUAGAGGUCCAGUUUUUACCCACCUGAACGCAACACUGCACGGGCUGCCAACAAUCAGAGCUCUCGGAGCGAAGGACGUUCUGAUCGCUGAGUUCGAUGCUCAUCAGGAUAGACAUACAUGCGCCAUAGGAUUAUACUCAGGUGGCAGUGUCGGAUUCACGCUCAUUUUGGACUUUUUCUGCAACAUAUUCUUGACCAUCGUCGUAUUUAGUUUCUUCUUCACUGAUCAGGCUGACAGUGGAACCGCUGGUCUUGCUAUCACGCAAAUAAUGAGCAUAACUUUCCUAAUUCAAUGGGGGAUGAGACAAUCCGCAGAGGUUGCGAACCAGAUGACCUGCGUCGAGAGGGUUCUCUUAUACUCCCAGCUGGAGCCAGAGCCUCAACCCAGAUCACCAAAAUCUGUACCUGUCGGCUGGCCAACAGAGGGCCGCAUACGCUUUGAAGAAGUAUACUUGAGUUUUAAUGAUGACCCACCAGUUUUGAAGAAUGUUACUCUUGAAAUUAAACCAAGAGAGAAGAUUGGUAUCGUAGGACGAACGGGCGCUGGAAAGUCAUCUUUAAUUUCGGCACUGUUCCGUUUGACAAAGUUGGAAGGAACUAUCACUAUUGAUGGAAUAGACACGAGUACAAUCUCCCUAUUCACACUGAGAUCCAAUAUUUCAAUUAUUCCACAAGAUCCAGUGCUUUUCUCGGGAAACCUGCGGAGAAAUCUGGAUCCUUUCGAUCAAUACUCCGAUGAAGUCCUGUGGACAGCUUUGGAAGAGGUGGAACUGAAAGAGAGUGUUUCUGAAACCGGAGGUUUGCAAACCAAAGUAACUGAUGGAGGAGGCAACUUCAGCGUUGGCCAGAGACAGUUGAUAUGUCUUGCCAGAGCAAUCGUUAGAAACAACAAAGUUAUUAUUUUAGAUGAAGCAACUGCCAAUGUUGAUCCAAAAACUGACAUAUUGAUACAAACGACGAUUCAACGUAAAUUCAACGCCUGCACAGUAUUGACGAUCGCACACAGAUUACACACAAUAAUGGACUCUGACAAAAUUUUAGUCAUGGACCAAGGCGAAGCAGUGGAAUUCGAUUCUGCGGCCAACCUCUUGAAGAAUAGAGAUGGUUACUUUUACAGCCUGGUUCAAGAAACGGGCCCAAUCGUUGCAGCUCAGCUAACGAGACUAGCAAAUCAAAAUACUGUCUUAUGACAUGACAUGAAGUCAAGGGAAAUUUUCUAAAUUCAAGACUUUGAUGUUUAAUCAAGUCACGCAAAGGACGGAGUUUCUGAAAAUUGAACUGAUUUAUGCAAUUGCCCAACUUCAGAGUUUUCCAAAUUCUGGUUAUUGUUUUUAAGUCUUGUUAAAUUUCAGUUCACAAGAAUACUGAAAGAAAUAAUAUACCGUACAGUUACCAUUGGUCAACAUGUCUUUCAAAUUUCUUUUUUCAAGAAAAUUGUUUUUUUUAAGUUUUGUGCGAAGUAUUAAGGGGUACUUUAAAAUGAAAUAAGAAUAUAAAUGUCGCAAGCAGUUAGCAAUCGCCCGAAAUUUGCAAGUGACCUAAUGUUGUUUGAGAGAACGCAACAAGGUGCAUUGGCAUAGUGAAGCUUUGAUAGGAUAGCCUUCAAUGACACGAUCACAGGUUGGAGCGCCUUCAUUUCUGUAUGACACUUUACGCAUUGUUACAGAGUUAGUUUAGUUGCCUAUCCGAUCCGAACUCAACCAAGGUCAAGAUUUCAUUACACGCUCUUUAAAGGAAUAGGAACCCUUGUUCCUAUCUUUCUGAAUAGUUCUAUAAUUUUCAAUUUAUUCACUUGAAGCUUACCAAUUGCCGGCGAUUGUUAACUGUCUGAGACUUAUAGAAUCCAUUUUUUUGGUAAUAAAAGAGAUACACAGAGAGAAAAAAAAUCCGGCAUAUCCUUUCAAAAAAGUGAUGUUACUCAAUUCCUUCUAUUAAAACGUAAGACAAGUGUUGCAACCCUUCAGAAAAGACGAUUCAUCAAAAGACUGAAAAGCUAUUAUUCGCCAACUUAUGUCAUUAACAACGUUUUAGAAGGACAUUUACGAUGUAAGAAAUCUCAAAAGAUUUCCACACCUAGGGAAAAGUUUGUAGUGUCCAGCUAACUUUUCCAUGCAUUUCAGUUUUAAUCCCCUCUAAAUAUUAUAGCAUCAUGGGAUUUAGAAGGAUUUUGAAAUUGAUGAACGUUCCUCCUUCCGUAGUCCCCCUUUCAUCCAAAAAAAGCGAUCCACGAAUGAAGUUUUUUUUAUAAUUAUAGGUAUUUUCACUUUUUCCGCUUAUAUUUGUCACCUUUACAAUAUUUUGUCCCCACCCAGUUAACUGAGGUUUUAUCAAGUGUCGUGUGGUCUUGAUUUUUGUAAAUAGUGUUAAAUACAAAUUUGUAAAAAGCAAAUUAUUAAAUAAUUUUGAAAAUAUCAA